ACCCGGCCUGCCUCCGACCGCCUCUCUGAUCGUAGGUGCUAUUCCUUCGUGGGUCGCACCGGUAACUCCCAGACGGUGUCCCUGAGUCGUCAGGGCUGCCUGUACCACAACACUGUACAGCACGAGCUGCUGCACGCCCUGGGUUUCAACCAUGAGCAGACCCGCUCUGACCGCGACCAGCACAUCAGGGUGCUGCUGCAGAACGUCCAGUCGGGCAUGCAGCACAACUUCAACAAGAUCGCCACUCUGAACCAUGUCACCCCCUACGACUACAACUCUGUCAUGCACUACCACAAGUACGCCUUCUCCAAGAACAACCAGCCCAGUAUGGUACCCAUCCCCAACCAGAACGCCGUGAUCGGCAAGGCCACCCAGAUGAGCCAGAACGACAUCACCAGGCUGAACAGUCUGUACAAUUGCUGAGCGGGUGCCCAGGACUUCCAUUUGAGAAACAACUUCAAAUCCCAGUGGAGUCCAGAGUCAUCGGUUUAUAGUCUGAGGGUGUAUUGAACCAAUCACAAUGC